AUGGGAAAACAACACAUAAAGAUAAAAGACGAAGAAAAGUCCAUCGGGGAUGUCGAAGAGGUUGAACUAAGAACUAAAGCUUCACAUUUGGAAAAGUUCAAAACAAAGCUUAUUUUGAUUCUAUACACAUUGGCUAUCGUUACAUUCAUUUACUUGGCCAUUGAUAUUUAUGAAACUGCUCAAUACUUUGAUGAAGAUGAUGAUUACCCAUCUGAAUAUGACCGUCAUUUCCCAGGUGAAUAUGAUCACUCUCAAAUGAAUUCAAACGUUCGUGAAGAAAUCUUUUCCUCAGAGAGUCCUGAUUCAACAAAACCUGAUUUCAUUCCAGAACAUGAUGCUGCUCCACUUGAAGAAGAAGAAUCAACUACUGAACACUCAGAUGUUCCAAUUAGAUACAUUGAUGAAGAUGAUUACCCACACUCAAAUAAAGAAUCAACUCACACUGAAACUAAAAAUGAAGCUGAUUCUAUCAAAUUAGCCAAAAGAAACUUGAUAUGA